GUGACCGCCUCCCUGGCAGCUGAAGCUAUUUCUGAACAACAACAGUAACAAAGUAGCUGCGUUUAUUUUCUUUAAAAAAAAAACUCUUUGACAAUUAAACGUCGACCUCAACUGAUUUCAGAUAAGCGGGUUUAGUCGGGCCUUUAUCAAAGCUGGACGCAUGAUAACAGGAACAUCCGACCUGAGCUGACAGGACCGACGUCUGGACGAGAUCUGGUUUAGUCGGUCAACAUGAAGACGGCCAUCUCUUACAACCAGCUGCUGGACACCGGCUGGACGAGACGAGGGUCCAGCCAGAAAGCUCACCUGUAUUCCGGGUGUUUGAUCGCUCUGGCCACGGUGGCCUGUGUUCUCCUGACGGCUAUGGGCAUCUAUAGCCUCCUGUCCCCGAGCUCGUCCUCCUCCCCAGUCACCUCCAGCCCGAAGGCGAUAACCAGACCUGAGUCCUGCUCAGAUCCCUGCAAGAUCAUUCUGGUGGAGAGCAUCCCCGAAGGAUUGGAGUUCAAGUCCAGCCCCACCCACCCCUCCAUCUUCCAGGCCUGGAUGAAUCUGAUGAGCGAGGCCCAGAGCAGCAUCGACAUCUCGUCCUUCUACUGGACGCUCACAAACAAAGACACCGGCACUCAGGAGCCCACGGCCGACCAGGGCGAGGCCGUUCUGAACAGGCUGGCUGAACUAUCGGGGAAGUUGCAAGUUCGGAUUGCAGUGAACACACCGCAGGCGCGAACGCCCCGCGACGACCUGCGACUUCUCAACGACUCUGGAGCCGAUAUCCGGGCGGUGGACAUGAAAGCGCUCACCUCAGGGGUCCUUCACACCAAGUUCUGGGUGGUUGACAAGAAGCACAUCUACAUCGGCAGCGCCAACAUGGACUGGAGGUCCCUCACGCAGGUGAAGGAGCUGGGCGCGGUGGUCUACAACUGCAGCUGCCUGGCCACGGACCUGGGGAAGAUCUUUGAGGCGUACUGGUUUGUCGGGGGGAGCCACUCCAUCCCGUCUCCGUGGCCGUCCAGUUUCUCCACCCCGUACAACAUGGACACGCCCCUCCAGCUGUCGCUCAACGACACGCCGUCCAGCGUUUAUCUGUCGAGUUCCCCUCCGUCCUUCUGCGCCGCCGGCAGGACGGGAGAUCUGGCGUCCAUCCUGGGCGUGAUGGAGGAGGCUCAGAGCUACAUCUACAUCGCCGUCAUGAACUACCUGCCCACCAUGGAGUUUUCUUAUCCCAAAAGGUACUGGACGGACAUCGACACCCAGCUGAGGCGAGUGGCGUACGAGAGGCGGGUCAAGGUGCGUCUUCUGAUCAGCUGCUGGGGCAGCACUCAGCCCAUCAUGUUUCCCUUCCUCAAGUCCCUUGCCUCGGUUUACGACCCCAAGAGCAAGCUGGACAUCCAGGUGCGGCUGUUUGUGGUUCCUGCCAACCCCCAACAGAGAAAGAUUCCUUAUGCUCGAGUCAACCACAACAAGUACAUGGUGACGGACAAGACGGCCUACAUAGGUACGUCCAACUGGUCGGGCGACUACUUCGUGCAGACCGCCGGCUCGGCGCUGGUCAUCGACCAGUCGACAUCCCAGACCCCGGAGUCCACGGUCCAGUCGCAGCUGACGGACGUCUUUGAGCGGGACUGGAACUCGGCCUACAGCACUCCGCUCACGCACGACUCCGACCACAGAGACCUUUGUUGAUUUCAGCAACCACACUUUAAUAUCAGCACACAUGUGCAGUAAUCAGACUUUCAUCCGUGUUCCUCUCGUGACACUAACUGUCGCUCUCACAAUGACGUGGAAAAGAGCUGCUGGAAACAUCGUGGCGAAGUGGACUUUCCUCGUUAUCCAGAGUUUAGAGGUUGAAUGCUCUCGUUUAAACUUGUCUUUUCACAGAAUUAUGUCAUCAGCUCUGAUCGUCUCAGAGAAUAGUCCAGGAAAGGGAGUCCAGUCUCAUUCACUUCUAAAUUAACAUAAUAGGACACGAUUGGAGUAAAUCAUCUGGCCCAAAACGGACCUGCCGGUCUGCAGUAUUCAGGUGUGUGUACACAUAACACAUAAAUGGUAGUGAGGAAAUAUAUCAGGCUGGAUCUUAAUUAAGCAAAUGUUGCUGCCUAUCAAUCUAGGAAGGAUUAGAGGUAAUUUUCAAACAAUUCAAAGUUCAGAGUUAGAGAGAUUAUUGACGAGUGAAAACCAUUAGAAAUAGUUCCCAGGAGUUCACCCACAAGGUCAAAGAAAAGAAAUACUGAAAGUGUUCUGUGAAUGAAUGUGAAACUCAGUGAACCAGAGCUAUUCAGGAAGUCUGGGCCGAAUCUCUUUCACAAUGAUGUGAGAAGCUGUUAACAUCAUAAAAAAAAAACUUUAACUUCUCUACAAGCUGCUGAAUAGCAGCGCGUUUUAGUUCUUCCGCACUGAUCCGCAUUUCAGUCCAGUUUUUAUUCAACGAUAACCGGGUGUGAUGUGGGUUUUAUUUAGUAACUAGAUUUCUGUUUUGGAUGUAUCUUCAGGUCCCAACAAAAACACAAGCCAUCAGUUGCGAUUAUGUAAAUGUUUUAUUAAAAACCGAUUAACACAGUUGCCGCUGUUCCAGCGUGGGAGAGAGUGGACUCAUGAACCAAUCAUGUUCUUGAAUAACUUUCCUGCCAUAACGUCGUUCUCGUCGUCGUACACGACAUCAGCCUCGGCGGGAGUAUGAAGGUAGACUUGUGUCUUUAUUUUUCAAUAAAAAAAACCUUUUUCAAUCAAAGAAAAGGAGCGUUUAAAUAUUUUUUUGCAUUCAAACAUUUUAUUAUUUGGUUGAAAAUGCUUUUUUUAAUUGAAGUGAAGGCUUUUAUUACUGAACAUGUUUUUUGAUUUGAUUGAAUAAUAAAUAAACACAAAUCUACCUUCAUAGGGGAGUUGGUACCCCAGUUCAUCUCAGGGAAGUCUGAGUGUUUUCUUAAAUCAUCAUUUUAGCUUGAUUGUCUGGUGUAAUUGAUGAUCAGAGCAGUGUGCUGUGCUUAUUCUGGGAUGUGGUGGCCUUUCUACACCUGAUGCUCGAGCCUCCCGGAUGGGUUUGAAGUGAACUCUGUCUGCGGGGCUUCCAGCAGGCUUGCAGGCCGUAAAUCAGCAGUAACCCGGUUGAUUUCCACUGUGUGGAGUGAUUUCAGAGGUGGUUGUCACGGUGAAUGUCGGAGGGCACCGCAGCAGUACCCCGGCACUCUUCAUCACAUCCUCCUCCUUUGUCCAGAAAUGAUUUUAAAUAAAGGUUUUUGAUUCAUA